AGCAGUGAUUUAGCAGCUAGCGGCGCAGCGGACGGGGACUCCGUGACUAACUCGCUUUUUUGUGGAGAAAACCGUGGUUUUGGACGGAAUAUCGUUACCUGCAGUGAAAAAGCGAAGACUUACCAUGGAUUAAAAGUGUUUUUUGUUUCGCUAUGUGCGCAAACACGAGUGUUAGACGUGUUUGAAAGAAGUUGUGAUUGUUUUUUGGCGCUCUGGUGGAAAGAUGGAGGCUCUGCUCGUGUAGCAUCGAGCUAACUGCUGUUUUUACUCGCCUCGUCCCAGAGGACUGUCCGUGGGCUUAGGUCUGCCGAGUCCGGAUCCCGAAAGUUUCAAGGACCUAUAUCAAGCAUCAUAAAGGCCCUGACCUGUGGUCCAUGGGCACAGAGUGACCGAGGCAUGACCGUCCUUCUCUGGGCUCUGAGGAUGGAACCGGAGCGAGUGGAGGCAGGAUCUAGACAGCAGAUGGUGCUCUGAAGAAGCCAUGGGUAGCUGCUUAAGCUGUCCAGAGAAAGAGUCAAUUCCAGAUAACCAUCAAAGCAAAUUCAAGGUCAUUAAUGUGGACGACGAUGGGAACGAGCUGGGCUCAGGCGUGAUGGAGCUGACCGAAGCCGAGCUUGUCCUCCACACUCAUCGCCGCGAUGACGUCAGGUGGCCGUACCUGUGUCUGCGUCGCUACGGCUACGAUUCCAACCUCUUCUCCUUCGAGAGUGGACGCCGCUGCCAGACCGGACAAGGGAUUUUUGCCUUCAAAUGUUCCCGAGCUGAGGAAAUCUUCAACAAGCUCCAGGAGGUGAUGCACAGUCACAGCAUCAGUGUGGUGGAGGAGGCGGUGCUGGAGCCUCCCAGCCUUGGUGGACACACUCCUGCAGCUCUGGGCUACUCUGUUCCCACUGUGCCAAAUGGCGUGGGCCGGAUCCCGUCAGUUGGAGAACCUUCGUCGCACCCGUCCACCCGACACCCCUCUGUGGCCAGCACCCGCCUCCCGUCUGUGGGGGAGGAGUCCACCCACCCCCUCUUGGUCGGCGAUGAUGGGGUCCACACGUAUGUCAACACCACCGGUCUCCUGGAAGAGCAGCCCAGUCCCCUGACAGUUACCACCCCAUUAGAGAGCCCCACGUCCCCCCAGUCUCAGUGUAUGCCCACGCCUCCACCCCCUCCUCGAACCCGCAUAGAGCCACCGGCACCGGAGCCCCAGGUGUUGGUGGAACCUGAGGGCGUUCGCUUCGUUCUGGGGCCGACACCUGUUCAGAGGCAGCUGAUGGAGAAGGAGAAGCGGCAGCAGGAGUCACAGGAGGCUGAAGAGCCACAACAAACUAAUGGGCAUGUGGAGGAGGCGGAGCCUGCUCCUCCACAAGCCAACGGCUCGUCGACGAACCCAGUCACAGCGCCUCGCCGACACCGCCUACCCCCUCUCACUCCUGACGUGCAGAAUGUCAACAACUCUGCGCAGCGCAGAACGGCCCUUCUGGACUAUGAGAACCUUCCAGCGCUUCCCCCGGUGUGGGAGGCGCGGAAGCCAAGUUGGGAGGACGAGGACUCGAGCGGACUGAAGACGCCGUCGCUGAACGGCUACAACCACCAGCCGCAGCACGCAGGCCUGCAGCCCUGCUACUCGCACCCGCUGUCGGCAGCGCUGGAUCCUUCGCACAACUACGUCAACACAGAGAACGUGACGGCGCCACUCAGCGCCCACAGACCUGACACAGCUCGGCGCCGUGCUGAUGGCCCCACGAUCUUCAACUUUGAUUUCCGCCGGCCACCUCUGCCGGGUCACCUGGAGCCGCCCAAAACACUCAACUACAUCGAAGUGGAGAUGGACAAUAGUGGCGGGAACAAAGGUGCUUCGGACGGCAGCAAUCCUCAUACGCCGCGCACCCCAACUUCUCCCCUGCCCCCCACGACUCCAACCCGCCGCACUGAGCUCUAUGCCCUCAUUGACAUUGAGCGGACGGCCGCCAUGUCCAACCUGCAGAAGGCUCGGCCGCGGGACGACGGUACGUCACGAAAGACUCGACAUAACAGCACAGAGCUGCCCAACAAGAGCACGGCGUGACUCCGCCCACUCACCAGGGGUUUUUAUACAAUUCAAUUUUCACAUCAGGAAGAGACUCACCUGGUGAGGUCACCUGACUAGUUCUGCGGUCACGUGCGAUUGCCGCAGGUGGACGAAAACUUUUGACUCAUAUGGUCAUGAUGGCGGCUGCAUUCCUCUUCUUCUAUGGUACAAAUCAGUAUUACUGAACAUUCCAUGUCGCUCCUCUUGGACCACCUCAUGCUGCUGUAAGUUCUCGGUACACUACAUCCUGUUUCUGUCCGUACUGCCACAAUAAAAG